UAGAUUUGGGCGUGGAGAGUAUUUCCAAUCAAGGGCGCUAUAUUUCGGGCGCUUUAUGUAUUACGAACAAAAGAUUUUAUUUGGGUGCACCAAACAUUUCAAAACAAAGCGAUAUAUCAUGGAGGUAACACCAAAUUUCACAAAAAAACAAAGUACUUAGCUUGUUUUGAGUGUGUUGAAGCUCAUGCCAACCGCGGCGAAGCCCAUGCUAACGCUUGCGAGGCUCCUAAGUGAAAUAAUGACGCAUACGAAUAGAUGACAACAACUUGUAACUUAGCCUGAUGGCGUAGGCGCCCGUUCUUCUUUAGAAGGUAUGAGGUGCAAAGCUUCACUCAGGCAUUUUAUUAACCCUUUGUUUUAAACUGAGCAUCUGGGCUUUAAUAAGUCGUGUCAACCUCUCUUGGGCUUCGGACCGAGCUCCUGGGCUUAACGAGCCUCUCUGUUUUGGGCUUUAAACUUGCUCCCAAAUUUCAAGAUAAAAAUAGGAGAAGACAUCUGGCUCAUAGAUGAAAUGGGCACCUCAAUGAAAUUAGGCGCUUAGGGCCUCUUUUAAACCAGAUAGGGAGGCGUCGAGCCCAAAUAGGAGAUGGGUGCCCAGACGUUAGCCUAGUUUGAAAUGCUCUUUUAAUUAUAGGUGUCUCCGGUGAAAUGAGAAUUUUAUAGUAGUCCACUAGUAUAGGCGCCUGAUUCAAUGUUGAAGCCCAUGUUGGGUUAGAGUCGCCUGUCAUGAUGCGACGAAUAUAGUGCUUCUUGUGUCGAGUAGAUGGACUCGGUGCCUUUUUUUUUCUUCUUUCUAAAUGUCCCUCUAUUGCGCCUCUAGCUUUGCGACGCCAAUCAGUCGUUGCACAAAGCCUUCUCUUUCUUAAUUUUGAAAGCGCCUCUUUUUCCUUCUUUAUUUUGUGUCAUGCGCUUCCUCUUCCUCUCCCACUUGUAGGCGCCUCCUUACUCAUGAUUCUUGGUUAUAUUCCCCUUCCUGGCGCGCCAAUUGUUUGUGCCCAUACAAUUCGCCUUACUGGUCACACCUUAGGCUCCUUACCUUGGAGCCUGAUCUUCUGAGCGCCCGAUUCCUACUUAACGCCCUGUAGGCGCCUCACCUUGAAGCCCGCUCCUUGGGGCGCCUUGGUCCUACUGGUCAAUCCUUAGGCGCCUGACCUACACACACGCACUUGGAGCCUGAUCUUCUGAGCGCCCGAUUCCUACUUAACGCCCUGUAGGCGCCUCACCUUGAAGCCCGCUCCUUGGGGCGCCUUGGUCCUGCUAGCCAAUCCUUAGGCGCCUGACCUACACACACGCACUUGAAGCCCGCUCCUUGGUGCGCCUUAGUCCUACUAGCCAAUCCUUAGGCGCCUGACCUACACACACACUGAGGGGGGCGCCUGGGCCCAUUAAUCCUCCGACGCCCAAGUUAGUUCCAAUUAUAGAGAGAGAAGUAUGAAACUAUAAGUUUUAGUGAGAGAGUCCAACCUGUGUAAAUGCUACCAACUGCCCAUAUUUAUACUCACCGAGCUCGAGGUGGAUCUCCUCCACGUCACCAUCUCAUUAAAUGCUUUGUACCUUCACUUCUGUCAGAAGCCCCAACCACCUUGUCAGGCUUCUGUCGGCUGGCAGGCGCCCACAGGCGGGGGACCACUUGCCAGCCUGGACCUCUUUGGCCCUUAGUGCUUUGUCUCCAUGCCUAUGCUGCCUGGAGUGCAAUGGGCUUUGCCGGCUUCUUCUCCUGGCCCAUUGCCUUGGGAUACUUUCACCUAACUGGGCUCUUCUUGAGCCCCUUUAGUAAUGCCCUCAACAAUUCCGGGCUUCUUCUCCUGGCCCAUGGCCUUGGGCUACCUUCACCUAAAUGGGCUCUUCUUGGGCCCCUUUAGUAAUACCCCCAACAGUAACAACUGCUCUCUUCCACCAACUACACAUCAAUGAGACAAAUCCAUUUUAAUUUUGUACUUGUGAAAGUUGGGCUAGCAUAGAGAGAAAUAUGGCUCAUCAUGCAAAGAUGAAAAUUAAAGCCAACAUUUUCCAUAAAAUAAAUCGGUGUUUGCGAAACUGUAGCAAUCCGACUGAAAAAAAUCUCUCACAAGUUUCUAAAUUGGUAGGUGGCUGUUAGAGGUAUAAAACAAUUGAACUACGGUUUAAGCACAAAAUAUCUGACUGUUAAUUUUUUUAGUACAUAUAACUCUCUAUAUAAUUUCACAAUCCUUGAUCCUUACACGUACGAUCCGUAAUUAGAACUAUUUGAUCCAAUUUUGGUUAAAAUCGUAUAAGUAAUAGUCCAUUUUUAUGUUUACAUUUUCGUCGGAAAUGAAAAUCUAAAUCGAGUUAAUCCUCUACCGUUUAACCGGAUAGGAUCUCUUUCCACCUCUAGCAGUUAGGUUGGUGGAGUGGAGCUAGAACAUUUUCCAGCCACCUACCUCUAACAGCCACCUUUAAUACAUAAGAUUUAGAGAAUUAAGAUCGUUAGAGAAAACGGUUGACCAAACGGUGAUUAAAGCAAUGUUAACUUUUGUUGAAGUGGUAGAAAAUGUGGCAUCCAUAUAGAUGCCACGUCUUUAACACAUAAAUUUUAUAAUUAAAAAUACUAAAAACGGUUAAUAUAUUUGCCGUUGCCCAAUCCUAUAUCAACUUAAUUUCACAAUUCUUGGAGGCAUGAUUAAUUUUGUGGUCCAUCAUAUUAUUUUGAUGCAACAGUUUUAUUCUCGCCUAUAUAAUUGAUCACGCGUCUGACAGAUAGCUAGCUAGUGAUAUCAAAGAUUUGAUUCUUUGAUUAUUACAAGGGUCGGGGGCGGUAAGGUUUGUACGUGUAAGCAGGCGUGUCCAUUCGGGUUCGGUUUUUUGGGUUUACCCGAAACAGACCCGAUUAUAUACAUUUUCGGUUUUUCAGGUUCGUUUCGGGUUAUGGGUUUUUCAGUUUUGGGUUCGGUUUUGCUUAUUGGUUUUUCGGGUUCCGGCUAAUAACCUCCAAUGAAUAGAACUCAGCCCGUAUUUUAAGGUGUUUGGGUUUUUGGGUUUCGGUUUUGCUUUAACCGAACCCGAACCCAAUAAGGAAUUUUUGGCUUUCGGGUAACCGAAACCCACAAGUCCUUAUCGGGUUCGGGUUCGGUUUUAGUGAAUUUUGGUUUCGGGUUUUUUCGGGUUUCGGUUUGGGUAACCGAACCCGACCCGAACUGACACCCCUUACGUGUAAGGAUUGAAAUCGUAUCGAGAGUACAUUGUACAAAAAAAAAACAUGCAUGCAUUUUGUGUUUAAGUCGUAGUUUAACCUUUUUAAGUCGUUAACAACUGUCGAUUAAUCUAGACUUUGAAAGGAGAUUUUUUGGGAUAAAAUCGUUGUAGUUUCACAAACACCGAUUUAUGUGAUGGAAAAUGUUCGCUUUCAACCUUUUCAUGUAGUGCUCUGUUCCCUUUGCCAAAAUGUUGCAAUAUUCCAUACCCGUCUUGCGUCUUUCUUUUUAUGCUAGACAAUUUUUUUAAUAUAAUAAGGAUGGUAUUAGUUUUUUGUGUAAAUACAAUUUAAGAGAUUCGAAUCUAAAAUCUUCAAGUUCGAAACUAGUGGUGUUAUCACUAGACCAAACCUUGAUUCGUUAUGGUAGCUCAACUUUCACAAGUACAAAGAUAGGGCUUAUUGGAAGGGUGGGAUGCAUUGAUGGUGGUCCAUUGUUUGUUGGCAAUGGCAUGCAAAGAAAGAUAAGAGAGACAUUGAAGGGGCUUUGUACCAACUAUGGAGUAGAAAAAGAAUCUUUGAUCUCAGCUUUGCAGGUUCUAUUAUAUGCAAUGUUUGAAGGGGUCUUGAAGCAACUAAAGAGUAAGGGAGAGGAGAUGACAGAGUUGAAAUUUAAUUCAAUAAAGGAAAUCAAAGGAAUUGCUAAGGGCACUCCAAGUUCUAGCUCCACUCCACCAACCUAACUGCUAGAGGUGGAAAUAGAAUUAAGAUCUUAAUUCUCUAAUCACCGUUUGGUCAACCGUUUUAGUAUUUUUAAUUAUAAAAUUUAUGUGUUAAAGACGUGGCAUCUAUAUGGAUGCCACAUUUUCUACCACUUCAACAAAAGUUAACAUUGCUUUAAUCACCGUUUGGUCAACCGUUUGGUCACCGUUUGAUCAAAAUCUACAUCUUAAUUCUCUAAAUUUUAUACUCCAAUAUCAAUUUAAUUAGAAACAAUAAUCAACGGUUAUUAUUCAUCCAAAUAUAGGCAAAAUAAUCAAUGCACCAUCUUAGGGUUUAUAGUUUAUGAUUUAGAUAAUUAGAACCUAGGGUUCACUCAUUAAGGGUUAGGGUAUAGUAUCAUGGCAAAAAAUCCUGCUAAUUCGAGGUCUAGAUAGUGUUUUCAUACUCAAGGUAUGCGGUACCCAGGAUUUCACCCGGGGUACCGUAGAAGGCAUCAUAUAUAUAUAUAUAUAUAUAUAUAUAUAUAUAUAUAUAUGUCUCUUGGGAUUUUCUUUAUAGUUUUCUUGUCAAGAACUUUCAAAGCAUGAGCACACGAAAUUCCCACAAAGUCAAACUUCUUGCAACUGCAUUUAAGUAUUUGUUGAGAUGACUCAAAUUGAACACGAUGCUUUGUACUCUACCACCAUAUUUUAUUUUUAUUCUACUUAACCUUCAGUUUUGUUGAUCUUAUCAAUCGUGCAAUCCCCUGCUUUGACCCCCUAACUACAACUCAUUCGAUGCUUCUUCAACAUCAGUCGGUUCGGACCUCCACUCAGUUUCACCUACAUAUUCUUCUUCGAACAUUUUGUACACUUUAGGAGUGUGAACAUCUGACACGUGCCUUAACAUCUCGACAUCUGCUUUUAACACUGGGAUAGUAUUCCUCAAGCCACGCAAUUUGAAAUGGGAGAAUUACAACCCAUGUUUUGCCUUUAUGUAUGUAGACUUGCACGAUUGGGGGUGGACUAAACAUUUUUGAACGAUUUUGCAUGGAUAACCACCCAGGUUUGACAGUUCCACUAGAUCAUCAUUUUAACUACAAAAUAAAAAUAAUAAUAAAAGCAAACCUAUAUCACCCUCAUCUAAAAAAAAUUGACAUAAACUAAGAUCGUCCAUUAUGAAUUAAUACAUUACUUUUUGCUUCCUCUUCUUCGUUUUCCUAAACUCCUUAUUGACUUUACGUAGUUCACUAGGGAUUGCCACCAUAAUUACUAACUUGAAUUUAAUAACGAAGUUAUGUGUUA